CUCCGCGGCGCGGCGGCCAGUGCGGACUGCGGUUCCUGCCCGGCGCGCGGGCGCUGUGACUGCUCCUCCGGGGCGGACAGGCGGCUCUGCAGCGCGCCGGCGCCUCUCGUGCGGGGACUCCGUGGCGUCGCAUUCCCUCGGAGCGGGAGACACGCGCCUGGAGCUCGGAGCGCAGCUCUCAAGGGCUGGCGGCCACUGCGGCGCUUGCUCCGAUCCCGGGCGCAGUCCGGAUCGCCGCGGCCGCCCCGUGCGCCCGGGAGAGUGCGCCGCCCCGGGCGCGGUAGAGCCGAGGCGACAAGGACCAGGCGGAUCCUGCGCCCGCUGCCACCGACCACCGAGGGCCAGCCGGGCUGCGCGUGGCGGAGUUGCAGCGCUUCUUAGCGCGCCGAAGCCCCAGAAGACCCCUGCCUCCUGCAAGCCAAACAACCUGAGCCUUUCCUUCUCUGAGUUCAACAGUGGAACAUCCAAGUUCAACUUGGAGCUGGGAAGAGGCCAAGAAAGGAGAGGGGCCCUCGCGUCACAGCAUUUGAACAGGACACACUGCUAGAACUCAGAAAUACUUUCGGACAAGCAUUCCUCCAAGCUCAGGAAUGCUCAGCCUCUCCAGCGAAGCGACAGCAAACGUGUGGUUCUCUCUGCAGGAGGACGAGGCCUCUAGACCCAUGUGAGCACCUGUGAAGAGCUGCCUCCAGCCUGCCGCUGGCCACCCCGGCUCCCGCCAUGGGCCCUGCAGGAAGCACACUGAGCAGCGGGCACAUGCAGAUGCAGAUGGUCCUGUGGGGAAGUCUGGCUGCUGUGGCCCUGUUCUUCCUCAUCACCGUCCUCAUCUUUCUGUGCUCGAGCUGUGACAGAGAGAAGAAGCCAAAGCAGCCCAGUGGGGACCACGAGAACCUGAUGAAUGUGCCUUCGGACAAGGAGAUGUUCAGCCAUUCAGCGACCAGCCUGACAACAGAUGCUCUGGCUAGCAGUGAACAGAACGGGGUGCUCACCAAUGGCGACGUUCUUUCAGAAGACAGCACCUUGACUUGCAUGCAGCAUUAUGAGGAAGUUCAGACCUCGGCUUCAGAUCUUCUGGACUCCCAGGACAGCACCGGAAAGCCCAGGAGUCAUCAGAGCCGGGAGCUGCCCAGGAUCCCCCCUGAGAACGCCGUGGACGCAAUGCUCACAGCCAGGGCUGUGGACGGGGACUCGGGGCCCGGAGUGGAGGGGCCCUACGAGGUGCUCAAGGAUAGCUCCUCCCAGGAGAACAUGGUGGAGGACUGCCUGUAUGAAACUGUGAAGGAGAUCAAGGAGGUGACGGACAAAGGGCAGGCUGGCAAGUCCAAGUCCACCUCCGCCUUGAAGGAGCUUCAGGGGCCCCACACAGAGGGCAAAGCCGACUUUGCUGAAUAUGCCUCCGUGGACAGAAACAAAAAGUGCCGCCAGAGCAUCAACGCCGAGAGCAUUCUGGGAACUUCCAGUGACCUGGAAGAGGAAGCCCCACCACCUGUCCCCGUGAAACUUCUAGAUGAGAACGCAAACCUUCCAGAGAAGGGGGAGAAGGGGGCAGAAGGGCAAGCUCCAGAGGAGACCAGUGGACACCGCAAGAGAUUUAGUUCCUUGUCAUACAAGUCUCGGGAAGAAGAUCCAACUCUUACCGAAGAGGAGAUCUCGGCGAUGUACUCCUCAGUGAAUAAACCCGGACAGUCAGCACACAAACCUGGACCAGCUCUGAAAGGGCCAGAGUUUACCUGCCACUCCAAGCAGGGGCCCCCUCAGAGGUCAUCAUCUUCCUGUAAUGACCUCUAUGCCACUGUGAAAGACUUCGAGAAAUCUCCCAACAGCAUCAGCACACUUCUCCCUGCAAGGAGGCCCAGUGGGGAGCCAGAGCCUGACUAUGAAGCCAUACAGACUCUAAACAGAGAGGAAGAAAAGGUCCCUCUGGAGACCAAUGGCCACCUUGUCCCCAAGGAGAAUGACUACGAGAGCAUUGGGGACUUGCAGCAGUGCAGAGACAUCACCAGGCUCUAGAGACCCAGAACAACGUAGUCCUGAAGAGCCAGUGAUCAGCGCCCACCCGGGACAGCUCUGCCCGAAGUGACGUCAGUCUCAUGUUGCUCUGGUUAACCGAGAUCAAGUACAGGUUCACGGCUGUUCCUCAGCUUCCGAAACCGUAAGGGAUAGCCCCACCUGUCAGGGCAGGACCCCAUGCUCACAAGAAACCCUGAGUACCUGGGGCCUCGACAUCCCACAGAGGAAGGCAGGCUGGCUGUCAGGGGAAGCUCCACCCACCGAUGAUGCAAUUCCUUCAGCCUGGAAUCCCGCCCUGCGGACCAGCCAGGGUUUUCUCCCUCACUCUCCUCUUCUCCGGCUGCUCCUAGUGCUAAAAUACCUGGCGUUUCACCCCCUGAAACCUCCCCAUGUCUGUGGUUCAUUCCAAGGACGGUCUCCCACAGGCUUGGCGCUGGCCUUCAGCUAGAUGUUAGGAUGGUGAGAAGCUGGCCGCUGGUUCCCAUUAGAUCACCCUCUUCCCAGACCUGCCCGGUUGGUCCCCGGGCAUCUGGACUGUGCGGGCUACUAGGUCUGGGUGGGUGGGGUCCCUGGAAUCUCUGGGGUCCUUGCUCCUGGUUUUGACCCUGCAAGCCUUUUCACAAGGUACUUGAGGGACUUUAGACACUUUUUCUAUUUUUUUCUGUUCCAAACCUUCCCCCACAGCGUUCAGAAAUUUGUCAGAGCCUUCUGGGAAUUUCCAGUGAUGACUACGGUACCUCUGGAGCUGUGUGAGCCCAGGGCUCUUCCUUCCAAGCAGAGGCUCAGUGCUCAUGCUGGGACCAGGCCACAUGUGCAGAUGGCAGCCCUGGUGUCUAUCCCUAAAGGGCUGUGGACACGAAUUUGUGUUUCCAGUGAUCUCUGCUGCCCACGUGUGUGACUUUCCUGUUAUCCGAUGGUAAUCUAAGAGUAAAAUGUAAACAUUUAUUUUAUUAUAUAAAUUUAUAAGAUGUUUUAUGUUUCAUGCCUAAUUUCUAGAAAGUGCCAGAAAAUAUAUAUUAACUAUUUUGAUUUUAUGUACAAUGAUUUAUACUCUCAAUUUGAAAGGACACCAUAAAGCACAUAAGCUAGAUGAUUAUGAGUGGCUUUUAGUCUUUUCUCUAACAAAGUAAUACAACAUUGAAGACCUGUAACCACUCAGCUUUCCAAACGGUACUGGGAGCUCCAGAUCCAAAACAUCCAGACCACGGGUGGCGAAAAUGCGGUGUCAGUGGUUGUGAUAGACACCACUGAAAUAGUGUUAAAAACAGAACAAAACCCGACUCAGGAAUUUGGAACUUCCUGAAUGUAUCCGACUUUCAUUCAAGGCCGAUGGCACCUUUAAGAACACUGAGAGUGGUGCCCACCGGGGGUGGUGUCCACAGUGCAGCACUUGACAGUGCAAAUUGCCUGUUAGCCUUUUUUUUUUCCUUCCUUCAUUUAACAAAAACCAUGGGCUGAAGUAGUUCCGAUGAAAAGUUCAGCCUGCUUUGAAUUUAGUCAUCUCUAGAUCUUCCAAGGCCAACACGGGAAAGCGUGCUCACUUCUCAUUUCAAAAGGAGCCUAGCCCAAGUGCAGACAGGAAGCCUUCCUGCACUGAUACAGACCAAGAGGGAGGCCCUUCCCCCCACUGCCGUGACAUCUGACUCCAGUGACUUAUUGAUCAUGCUGUUUUCCCUUCUCGUGACAGCGAGUGUGACUGAGGGGGUGAAGUGACCGGCUUGUGGCCUGUGUUCCCAUCCCGCAUUCAUAAACUUUCUGUCGCUGCUCUGUACCAUGCUUGCGGGACUGCAAACACAACUCUCUUAGGUGGUGUCCGUCAGCCCAAUCCACCCGUGAUGAUGCCACAUGGAUAAAAGCAUAACCACUGCCGAUCAGAAGGUCACGAGCAGGGGACCACCAGCCCCAGGAGCAGCAGAGGGCAAGGAUUUUCCACAAACACUGACUUCCACCGCUAUGUAUGAAUGAGUUGAUCCAAGCGUCUCUCAGGCCACAAGUGUCUCCUUAGCACACGGUGCUACCCAUGACACAGGGCUUGUGCUUGCCACAGCACCAUUCUUCACAGGCACCUUACGGCUCAGAAGUUUGAUUGUGUUUUAUACAAAGUCUUAACUUAGCAGAGAAGCUGCUGUGGUCUGUAUGUAUAAAACUCUUUAGAGACAAGUUCAUUAUCAAUAAUCGUGUCAUCUUGAAAUCUCGUCUUCAGAAUGUCCCCAGAGUUUUCAAAUAUAUAUGCAAAAUAGUCAUAAAAUAUGCACUCUCCUGGUUUGAGAACCAUGAAUAAGUUGUGACAGAUCGUAUCUUAAGUGUGCUUUACAAGGAACUGGAAGGCCCUCGACACAAGUUCCAAAAGAAUAAGCAAUCGCUGUGAGGACUGGGGGAAGAGCGGGCAAGGGCAUCAGCUUGGCUCAGCUGAGCUUCGGGUACAUAAUUAGUGUAUAUUGAUUGGUGUCUCAUCAUUGUCUGACUUGAUUAUCCAGGGCUUUUUCGUUUUGUUUUGUUGUAACUUUUUACUCUUUUACUUGGUUCAAAAUCUGUGUUCCUGUCUGAGCUGGACAGAUCCUGUGCUCUGUUUUAAAGUCUUAACCUAAAUAUUACAGAGUUUAAAUGUGUGACGGUAAUAAUCAAAGCAGACUGCCCUGUAUACAGAAACAUUCACCGCUGGUAUCCACAGUGUGUGUCUGAUCAUACCCAGCUUAUGGGAAAUUAUCUACAAAGAGAAAACUAAAUCAUAAGAUCUUUUUCUCUAAAUCAGAAUUAUAAUUCUAUUUAGCAGUAGUUAUUUCUUUUUCUUUAAAUACUUUUAAAAGUCUGAGGAAAGCAUUUUAUACUGCUUCACAUACUUCCCAAAAGGAAAACAUAAGAAAGCAUAGACUGUCUUAUGUGAAAUGUUUAAGAAAUUCUAAAAGAAGGUCAUUUUUAUAAACAGGUUGGCUGCAUAUUUUUACUUGUCCUUAUCUAAAUCAUAUCACUAAGUCUCUAAAACUUCUAAAUAAUACCAAACCAAUAAUCUUUGUGAGAAAGAGGUUCAUGGUUGUUCUACAGUAAAUUCAGCAGAAUUGGAUUCUCCCACAGUAAAUUCGAAUUGAGUGCUAAAUAACAAUAGGCCAUCGACACAGAACUAAAAUCUCACCAGCAUGCCAGAGUACUUCUACUUGAUUUUCACCGAUAUAAUUAGGACAUCCCCCGCCUUCACCAGUCAUGAACUGUAUGUACACACACACACGUGUAUGUAUGUACAUAUGUAUGUAUUCUGUGUUGCUGGCUCUGGCACUAAUUAGGCUGUGUUCUAUUGUAUGUUUGGUAAGUUUAUCGUACCAGUGUGAUGAGCUUGUGUCAGAGCAGCAGAAUUCAAAGAAACUAUUCUCCAUCCGUUUCAUCUGGUAAUUAUGGGACGCCUUCCUGGGCUGCUUCCACUUAGCUUUCCCAAUGAAUACAAUUCAGAUUUUCAUUCUCCCGGUUGGCAAACAAUGCUAUCUGAAGAUGCCUUUGUUAUACUUGGGACUCAAUGCAUAUUCAGUCUGAGAAAAGACUGUAAACAGGUGUACUACUCUGUGUGUGUCAAGGAAGAGAGAAAGCCAAAAGCAACAAGAGAAGCCCUGAGCCGGGCUGCAGGCAAGGUGGCCACCCAGGUGCCAAGGCCAGUGAUCACAUGGGGGAUCUAUUUUAUUCCUUGUUCAAACCCAAGCACUUGCAGCAAGAGAGACAAAGCCUGACUUGUGACCGUGCGGCGCCUGAUUCCAGACUGAAGCAGGAUUUUGUAAAUGGGUAGAUGACACUGAUCCCAAUGCUCCUUGUGAUAGAGAAUAGGAAUCCCUGUGAUCUCAGGGUGCCAUUCUUCAGAAAGGGUUGGUUUCUGGUACACAGACAGCUUAGAACUGGCUGCCGGAGCCACAGUCUGUAUUGAGGGUUAUUUCCUGGAAACCCUAACAGGUAUAUUAUACUGUGCCAAGGGAGCAUUGACCGUGUAAUGCUGGGGACUGGAGAGAUGGUUCAGUGGUUAAGAGCAUUGGUUGCUCUUCCAGAGGACCCAGGUUCAAGUUCUAGCAUCCACGUGACAGCUCACAACUGUCUCUCUAACUACAGUUCCAGGGGAUCUGAUGCCCUCAUACAGACAGACCUGCAGGCAAAACACCAAUGUAUAUAAAGUAAAAAUAAGCAAAUUAUUUUAAAAAAUAAAAGAAAUUGUAAUGUUGGAUGUUAGUGAGUAACUGAUGUGAAAAUAGGAACAUGUCUGGACAGAAUCAAAUGUGGAUUUAUUUGCAGUGGCCUCUGUAUCCUUCCUUGCUGGGGCCCAUAUCUUCCUCAGGGCAUUAUUCCUGACAGAGCAUCAAACAAGCUGACAACACUCUAUACUACAAGUAUUUCACUUAAAGAACCCAGGAAAGUUAUUUUUAUCUGGAAUUAGGAAAUAAAAUGUUAAAAAUAAUGGUCCAAAAGAGAAAGAACACCUGUAUAGUUUUUGUAAUCCUAGUUUUGCUCAUUUUCAAGUCUUUUGUGUUUUUAUUUUUUACAAAUUACCUCUAAAUAUUUUUAUUUUAUUGUUUUUCAAGUUCUUUCAUUUUACUGAGAAAUAUUCAGAUUCUUAAUAUCAGAUAAAAUUGGAAGUACAAUUUUGUUUAAAAGAUAAUAUUAAAGAUCAUUCCAUUUAAUAUUCAUCUAUCCUAAUACAGACUUCUUCCUUGGAUUGUCACUGAUAUUCUGUAGGUUUUAAGAUAUAGGAGCUGGGCGUGGUAGUUCAUGCCUGUAUUCCUAUAAUUUGGGAGAGUGGGCUAGAAGGUCUUGGGUUCAAGGCUAACCUGGGUUACAUGGCAAGACCCUGUUUCUAAAUAAACUCUUCUAGUUAUCUCAAGUCACCUUAUAUGUAGGUUGAUGACUGUCCCUCCUCAGACUCCUCUGUUAAAUGGUCACAGGAAAAUGCUGUCAUCUGUUAAAUAAUCAUGCCGCAUUUACAUGCCUUCUGUUUUCCGGGCGAGUUUGAAAUACAGCCUGAUAAGUACACUAUCAUAAGUAGGGUUUGUAUUUCUCAUUCAAUCACUUUCCCUCGUAAGGAUGGUUAACUGUAACAUGUCUCUUGGGUUCCACACCAGUUCGAAGGUACUCCUCUUACUCAAGUACAGUACAAAAUAAUUCAAGACCCAGAGCACUCACCAGCUGUCUGCAGAUCUUUGUAACUGUCUGAUCAUCCAGUUCAUGGAGGAGUGAAGAGUUGGUUUUCAAAAGUAAAAUACUAAAACUUUGGUUUUAUAUGUUCAAAACUAUCCAUACUGCCUCAGAAUCCUACAAUUCUUCCCUAACUCUGAUGGUUUAGAGGCAGAAGCACUAGGGUGUGAAGUUGUAUUUCUUUCCACCUCACUUUGCUUGCUCCUGCACAGAUGGCCUUCUGUCCUUUUGUCCAUCUAUCUGAGGACCCCUUCCCCACCAAUGGAUUCUCCCCAGCUCCCCCUCUGUGCCAUCUCUGCAGGAUGUCCUUUCUCUCCCAGCACCCAUCACCAGCCAGUGCGAAACCACUGACUGUGGCUCUGGAAUGACCACCUCUAAUUUCCUGUUUCUUAGGCUCCAAGAAAAGGCUGCUGAUGACUUUGUCCAUUCCUGACCCAGCUCCAUGUAGAACCCACUGGUGAACCUGACGUGACAUUCCCCAUCACUUAGGCCUUUUCCAUUUUGUAAUGUAGGCUUCUGUUGCUCUAUUUCUCUUUUUUCCCCUGAAGUCAGUCUAGAAUAUCAAUUCCUCCAUGCUACUCCACAGAGGGCUGCCAGCUACCCAGGAGGAUUGUGAAAGCAUUCAUAGUGUUUACCUAGCAGAGAUGCUACAUGAAAAGUUCCUGGAACGUUGAGUCUGAGGCUCCAAUCAUUCCAUGUAUUUUUAGUAUUUUUUUAAGUAUCAAAUAUACGUUUAACUCUGAAGGGGGACAAAAAAUAAAAUUAGAACUAAGUGUUGUGAGUAGCUUCCUGAUUCUGUUUGUCUCUCAAAAAUAUCCUAUCCCCGUUCCCCACCUGCCACUUGGAAUCUCUUAAGGCAGUGGUUCUCAGCCUUCCUAAUGCUGGGACCCUUUAAUACAGUUCUUCAUGUUGUGGUGACCCCAACCAUACAGUUAUGUUGUUGCUACUUUGUAACUUUGCUACUGUUAUGAAUCGUAAUAUAAAUAUCUGACAUGCAGGAUAUCAGAUAUACACCCCCAAAUGGGUCAUGACCCACAGGUUGAGAACCAAUGUCUUAAGAUGUGAACCAUAAAUGUGUAUAAAUGAGGACAAUUCACUCAAACGUUAAACUUGUUCUUUAGAUAUUUUCUUUGUAACUCAAGAGUAAGCCGAGUGUGUGGAUAAUGUGUGUGGUCAUUAAAGCUGCAAUCUGUAACCAGGAGAAGCAGUCUUUCUUUCAAGGGUAUUUUUUUAAGACUUCAGCUGUUUCCGAAGAUCCACUCCUGGAUAGAAGAACAAAACUCCCAGAGCCUUUCUAGCAGAACACAGCAUCUGUCUGCCAUCAUCCCAGGUGUUGCUUCUUGCCUACCAUGUUCCAACAAUUUGUGGGGAGCAGGGAGAACAGUUUAAAAAUUUCUUGGAAAAGUGACUUAAUGUGUUGAGUUAAAUCCUCCAGUUUAGUCUAAAGAGAAUUACUGGUUUUGAAGACAAGAGCACAGGGCUGUGGUCUCUGUUCCAUCAUCAACUUUACCAUGUGACCUCAAGCAAACGAUUGAACUCUGAGCCUCGCUUUCUCCAUAUGACAAGAUGGGGAGAAUGAUAAUCAACCAUUGCCUACCUCACAGGGGUGUUUGGAGGACAAGUAAGAUACUGUAGAUAAGUAUGAAUGCUUUGGCCUCCUUGAAAGGUGCUAUACAAAUUAAGGUUGCAUUGUUUUUAAUGAUCCAGUUCAUUGUAUUUAGGAUUAGAUAAUAGCAAUACUUUUUGUCAUGUUUCAAUUUAAGCAUAUUUCUACUCCUCUGGCCAGAUCCCGAGUUUUCAUUCAGUAAUGGUACCUAAGGAACUGACACGGGUGUUUGUUUUCUGUCUCUGAUGGUAAUAUGUCAAUUCUGAAUAGUCAUAAAGGCUGCAGUUUAACUCGUGAUGUCUUCUAGUUUACAUGUAACGAACCUUAUUCAAGUUGUAUAUUAAAAGUAUAAUUACUUGUAAAUAACAGGUACGUUGUAAUUAAAGGCACUUAUAAACUUGUCUUUGUUCUUUUUAAAUUGUAAUAAAGGUCAGUUUUAUAUAAAA